CACCAAGUGGCAAAGGACACUUUAAAAAAAGGUUUUCUACCUAUAUAUAUAUAUAUAUAUAUAUAUAUAUAUUUUUUUUACCUUUGUCAGUCUGCAUCAGCCUCAAUUGGAUACGAUAAGUCAUGGACCCUCCUCUCCUGCCGGUGGCCAGGAUGGAGGUGGACGUGGACCUGGGCUUUGCUCUCUUCUUUGUCUUUCUACUGUGUUCCUUCCUGCUGUUCACCAUAGUGCGCUGUGCCCAGAUGGUCCUGAACCCCUACAGCGCCAUCUCUGUCGCCGCAUACCAGAAUACGGAGGAACAACCUGAGGAGUGACCUCAGUCCACACUGGGCAGGAAAUAAUGUGAGCAUAGUGGAAGAACCCUAGCCCAACUGUGGCUAGUGUGCUGAAGGUGGGAAGUUUGGUUUCGUAGUUAGACUUGUGGGAAUCAAGAGGAGCAGGAAGCACAUGAAGGGAGUGGUACUUAAAAGUUUGGAGAAUUCAUCAGUCCACAGAUCUGGAGAUGAACAUCACACACCAUGAUAACCUGUAAAACAGGAGCAAAUGGGACCAUGAGGAUUUCAAAUUGUUACAGUACAGUUUAUGUUUAGGCAAUGUGCUUUUGGGAAAGUCUACAGUUGUCAGCAUGUCAUGGACCAGAGUCAGAUAAACGUAGGAAUGACCACCAUUUUAGUUGUUGUAUUCCUAAUCAGCCACUGUCAUAUUCACAUCUGCUUUCC